AUGAUAUUUUGUUACGUAGGUCUAAUAACAGUCUUACUGACUACAUUGGUACAAGCGGUGACUGAUUCAGAUAUAAAAAGAAAAUAUCGAUAUGAUUGCGCUAUAUAUACAGUGGAUAUUAAACAACAUCCGGACAGCAUGUACAGAUACGAAUUAGAGUUGGUGGGUUCGAAGAACCCGAAGGUAGUGGAAACUUCAAAUACAGUGGAAUUGUGUGAAAUACCAAUGUGUAAAGAGAUAGUUCUAAAAUUCGAAAUCUAUGAGAAGAAAAAGAAUGACGAAGAUUUCAAAAUCAUCUUCUCAAAGGAAUAUAAAAAAUCUUUAGAAGCACCUAAAAUCAGUGAAAUGAAAGUACGUUUCGAUGAUGCCAAAACUGCUAUCAUUAACUGGAAACUUCAAGAUUACGAAAACUGCAAGGAUAAAGAAUUACAAUUCGCUCUAUUUGGCGACAAAACGGUUAUUCAGAUGGCUAAAGGACAAGAAAUCAGGGUUCCAUUUUUAACAUCAGACAGUUCCUACAUCGUACACGCUUUUCCAAAUCACGUGGACACGGAGACCACUGUAUACAUGUCCGCUGGGCUUAAUAUCAAAGUUCUCGAUUAUAAAGAAAGUCCUGAUUCUGAUUAUAAAUAUGAAUUGGAAAUACCCAGUAAUACGGAGUUAAAAGCAGUAUCUACUUCAAACAAAGUGAUUUUGUGUGGCAUACCAUUGUGUAUACCACAAGUUUUAAAAUUUACCAUAUCUAAGAAGCUGAAGACUGAGACCGAUUUCAGAAAAAUAUUCACCGAAGAAUUCGAAAAGACUCUAGGUGCACCUAGGAUUUCAGAUAUCGUUUCUGAAUCCAGUGAUUCACUAUUCGUAACGUUGCGUUGGAAGCUUCAAGAUCGAGAGAACUGCAAAAACAAAAUACUAGUAUUUAACUUAUAUGGAGAUACAACAAUUAUGCAACUAGCUAAGGGAGAAGAAAUGAAGAUUCCUGGUUUAAAACAUGGGCAAACAUACACUAUAUAUGCUUUCCCAAGUCAUGUGGACAGUGAAACUCACGUUUACAUGAGCGCUCCACAUAGUUUCACAGUAACUGAACUGGAAAGAAUUUAUGCAUUUAAAGAUCUAGCCUCAGUCAACGUUCAUUACAAAGUGUUUACGGCUUGA